AUGAAAGUUGAAUAGACUGUCUAAUUUGUGGAAUAAACUGCUGAAGUAGUUCAAAAACGAAUCCUUGAAUAGGAAAUUGAAUUAACCCAAGCUAAUCAAGGAGGAGAAGAUAUUAAUAGUGAAGUGAGAGUAAACCUUGAGUAAAGUGAAACUCAAUAGGAUAUUAAUACACAAUAAGAAGUUGAACCAGAAAAUAAUCAACAACCAUAAUCAAAUGAGGAUGAUGAUGUUGUAUCUUAGGGAGAAACUAUCUAAACUUCUGAUACCAAUGAAAAUCUCAAUUAAAAUAGUGAAACCUAGGAGAGCUAAACCAUUGAAGAAAACAAGGAGGAAUAAUAAGAAAAUGACCAAUGCAGCACUGAAAGAAAUUGCUAAUCAUAGACUGAGUAAAAUCACAAUACAGAAUAAGAAGAGAAGUAGGAAUAAGUUGAGAAUUUGUAAGUAGAAAAUGAUGUCGAAGUGGACUAAAUUUAAUUAGAUAAUGAAUAAGUGACUUCAAAUGAUAAAGAUAUAAAUGAUUCUUAAUUAAAUGAAGACACUUAAGAAUAACAAUAAAAUAAUGAAUAAUAUGAAAUACAUAAUCAAGAAUAUACUCAUGAACACCAUGAACAUCAUGAUCAUACUCAUGAACAUUAAGACCAUCAUACCCAUGAACAUUCACAUGAUCACGCUCACGAUCAUUCAUAUGAUCACGCUCACGAUCAUUCAUAUGAUCACGCUCACGAUCAUUCACAUGAACACGCUCAUGACCAUUCACAUCAUCACCAUACACAGGAUCAUACACACUAUCACCAUUAUUAAUAAGAAGAAUAAACUGUUACAAGUUAAAAUUAAUUAAAUGGAUGGUAAGUUCAAUUAUCUUUUAUUCCAAAUUAUUAAGAGAUUUAGUCUAAACUUAUCAAAUUUUAACAUCAAUUACCAGAAUUACUAGCAAAAUAUCUUCCUAAUUCAAAAUAGGAUUAAGUAAAUUAUAGUGUUUUGAUUGUGUCAUUCCCCUCAUUUCCAAUAUUUUUAUUGCUUUUGAUUACUGUUGGUAUUAGAAACAGAGGAACAGCCAUUUAAUAUAUGAUAGCAUUUUCAUUUGGAACAAUGUUAGGAGAUGUAUUCUUCCAUAUGUUGCCAGAAAUCUUAGGAACUCACUCCCACUCUCAUGAAGGUCACAAUCAUGAUCAUGAAAAUCCUUAAAUGUGCUUAGUUUUGGGUGGUGUUCUGUUGUUUGCAUUCAUUGAUUUGUUUAUUAUUAAAUUGAAGAACUUUAGAGGUAAAAGAGAUGAUACCCACGAUCACGAACACAAUAAUUCAGUUAUUGUAUUCUUAUUUGGAGACUUUUUACAUAACUUUACAGAUGGUAUUGCAUUGGCUGCAACAUAUUCCAUCAGUUUAGCAUCUGGAAUUACAACUACAAUAGCUAUUUUUAUGCACGAAAUACCUCAUGAAGUUGGUGAUUUUGCUUACUUAUUAAAAUAAGGUAAAUGUGUUUUCGUUAUUCUUUUCACUUAAAUUGUCACAUCAAUAGGAUGUUUGGCAGGAGGAUAUGUUGGAUUACAUUUUGCUUAGACCUUUUAGAAAGAAUUAUUGUGUCUAACUUGUGGAAGUUUCCUCUAUGUAGCUUUAGUUAAUAUCUUACCAGAGUUGAAAUAAUCAUUCUCAUAUAGACCAAAAUUAGAAAGAUUGAUCAUGAAUCUAAUUUCUAUUGGAGCUGGUUUAUAUCUAAUGAAGUUCGUAGGAUAAUUAGAAUGA